UAUGUCUCGUUUUUCAAGGAAUUCUUGGUAAUUAUAUAUUAUUGACAGCCUUCUUAGUAACGUUGUUACAUAAACAGCUUUAUUUAAAUAAGUUUAAAAUGUAAUAUAAAUAAAAAAUCAGUUUUUGGUAUUUCACAACAAGAAAAAAUUCAGCAACCGCCGGAGGCUGAUAUGACGUCAAGUGAGUUACAAUUUGAACCAUGGCGGCGGGAGAGAGAUAACCUGCCAGGAUUCAGUGCAGGUGACCAGCUGCUCACUGACCGCCAGACCUGCAGCGUCUUCACAUCAUUCCUCUGGCAAUUGUUCCUACAUAAUACUUGGUUGACACAGUAAGACGAACUCUGGUUCAUAAGUCGUGAAGGAUCAAGUGGUCCUCAAGAUGUUGAGGAGGACCUUAGUCUCCUUGUUCCUCGUGUUGUGUGUUGCAGGCGUCUCUUAUGGUGACCAGGUCAACACUUACCAUAAAAUCAACUACAACCCAGACGAUGAGUUUGAGUCAUUCGAAAACGUCCAAGAAGUUUGGAAGCCUUCCUUGGACGGCUCUCUCAGGACAAAACGAGACUCUGGAGGUUUUACUAAAUUAGGAUUUCCUGUCGGAAGUGAACGAAUAAGUGUUCCGGAAGUGGACGCGGAAGUCCCGUAUGAAUUUUCCAAAGGCUCCUCCGAUUCCAGGGACCGAAAUUCAUCUCCAGGAUUUUCUCGGCUGAACUUCUUCCCUCAGCCUGUGGAAGCGGACUCUGACUAUUUACCACCACCAGACACCACCUUCAAGGGCACAAAGGGAAGCAGGGGUGAUGAUGACGACGCAGAGAUAGUGCUGCUGCCUCCUCGCAAAGACGCAUCCAACACACCUCCCGUCACCAAGACAGAGUGUGGGGUAGCGCCCCGGACACCACAGAAUUCCAAGUUAGUGUGUUCAACGUACUCCGGUUGCCGUGCUACCUGCAACAGUGAGUACCAGUUCCCCUCGGGCCAGCGGCGGCUUUUCGUCGUGUGUGAGAAUGGUCGGUGGACCAUCAGUGGCUCGAACUGGGACACUCUCCCUGAUUGUGAACCCAUCUGCAAGCCACCGUGUCAGAACUCCGGCUUCUGCUUCGCUCCAGGUUUGUGUCACUGCCCACCCAACUGGGAGGGCAGGUCCUGCGAGGUACCUAAAGGACCUCCCCCUGGCUUAUGUCCUGAGAGGCCGACCACGCCCAAGAAUUCCAUCAUACGCUGUUCGAGGAAAAACUGCACUGCUGAAUGUUUGGAAGGUCACCAGUUCAACGAGCAUCUUACACGCAUCACUUACCAGUGUGUAGACGCCAGCUGGAUCAUCCAGCAGCCAGGAUGGAACCAGGAAAUCCCAUCUUGUCAGCCAAUCUGUGACCCAGUGUGUAUGUACAACGGCAAGUGUGUCGCCCCCAACCUGUGUCAGUGUACCGCUGAGUAUCGUGGUGAUGUCUGCCAGUACCACAUCUCGAACUGCGACCCCAAGAGUCUUAGCUUCAAUGGUGGAUACAACUGUUCUGGCAGAGGGAUGCAGUACGGGUGUGUGCUUUACUGUCCCGAGGGUGUGCAGUUUAAGUUCCCUCCUGCAGAGUUAUACAGCUGUGACUACGCUACCAGCACCUGGUCACCCUCACCCAUACCCAUGUGUGAUGUUGACACCUUCAACAUCAACGUUAUUAGGGAAACUACCUCGCAGGUGAUCCCAAAACUGCCUGGAUCCUGCUACACCUGGUCAGGAACACAUUACAAGUCUUUUGAUGGCAAGGUCUACAGCUUUGAGAGUUCGUGUCCCUACACACUGCUUCAGGACUCUACCCAUGGCACCUUCACCGUCAACCUACGUACUGCUGACGGCUGUGAAGGUACUUCUUGUCCCAAGGUUAUCCAGCUCUUCCUUGAAGACGACCAGUAUGUUCUUCAAGCAACAGAGUCAGGUCAGCCGAGUCUGGCCUACCGGGACACAAACCUGGCCAUCCCAGGUCAGAUGAACGGUGUCGUGUCUGAACGCGUGGCUCACUUUGUUGUUCUCAAGGUGUCUGGCCUUGGUCUCACUAUCAAGUGGGACAUGAAGAACCUAGUAGUGACGGAGAUCAGUGAGCUACAGUGGAAUAGAACAGCUGGUCUGUGUGGUCGAUGUGAUGGUCAUCCAGAGAACGACUGGAGCUACCCGGACGGCACUUCGGAGACCAACAUUGACUCCUUCCUUCGCUCCUGGCAAGCCAACACUCUAGGCGAAGUGUGCCUUCAAGAACCUACAACGAGGCUUCCGUGCAAGAGUUUUCCUGAGGCUUAUAAAGCUGAUGACUUCUGCUCUCAACUACGUACUGACCCCAAGUUCAGGUGGUGUCGUCAGGUGGUAGACGUGGAGGCGUACAUCAGCGCGUGUCGCUGGGACUACUGUGCCUGUGAGGCCCAGGAUAGGGAGACGUGUGCCUGUGAAACUUUCGCUGCCUUCAAGAGGGAAUGUGUGUGGACUGGGGUAGACAUCCCGGGGGAGUGGCGCUCACGUAACUUCUGCCCGAUGAAGUGUGAAGAAGGUAUGGUCUACAAUCCAUGUAUGCCAGCUAUUCAGCCUCGAUGUGGUCAGGCCGUGGAGAGUGUGCAUCCUGCCUUCUGCGUGGAGGGCUGCGACUGCCCUCCAGGCUUGGUGAUCCACGAAGGACGCUGCAUCCCCAAGCAAGACUGUCCCUGCACACACCACAACAAAGAGUACAACUUCGGCGACAUCAUCACCAGUGACUGCAAUACAUGCACAUGUCAGGGAGGAGAGUGGGUGUGUACCGAGGACAAGUGUGGCUCUCGCUGUGGUGCUGUGGGUGACCCUCAUUACAUGACUUUUGACGGCCGUCACUUUGACUUCAUGGGCAAGUGUUCUUAUUACCUAGUGAAGGGGCAUGACUUCAGCAUCGAGGCCGAGAACACACCGUGUAGUGGAACUAUCUCAGAGAGUAUGAACUUCCCAGAGUCUGUGGCGAAUCAUUUGCCCUCGUGCACUAAGUCAGUGACGGUGCGGGUGGAGAACACUGUCAUCCACCUCAAGCAGAAUAAAGAGGUCAUAGUUGAUGGUAAUGAACUCCGGCACAUCCCUGCCUGGGUUCCUGGUGCUUACAUCAAGGCUCCUUCCAGUCUCUUUAUCAUGGUUGAGUUGAGUAACGGCCUAGAUGUGUGGUGGGAUGGUCAGACUCGUGUGUACAUAGACGCACCAGCAGAGUUCCGUGGCAUGACACAGGGUCUGUGUGGAACCUUCACUGACAACCAACGUGAUGACUUCCUCACACCUGAGAAAGACAUUGAACAGAGUGCCAUUGCUUUUGCUAACAAGUGGAAGACUUCCGAGACUUGCUCAGACCAAGUGAUGAGUGAUGACCAGCGACCCUGUGAUAGACAUAUACAGAAUAAGGCGGCAGCCCAGGAAUAUUGUCAGAAGCUCAAAUCAGACAUAUUUGCUGAGUGCCACCUGACGGUUGAUCCUGAACCUUACUACCGUGACUGCUUGUACGACCUGUGUUCCUGUGACAAAAAGAUGGACGAUUGUUUCUGCCCUCUGAUGGCAGCUUUUGGCAAGGAAUGUGCCAGGAGAGGCACAAUCAUUGACUGGCGCGCUGAUGUUCGCGAAUGUGAAAUAUACUGCUCACAUGGCCAGAAGUACCAAGUGUGUGGAAACAGUUGUGCUCACACCUGCUUUGACCUAGCCACUAACACAAAGUGCACCAGCAAGUGUGUUGAAGGUUGUAACUGUGCGCCAGGAUAUUCUCUGAAUGAUGCUGGCUCUUGCGUUCCCAUCACUCAGUGCCCCUGUGUUUACAAAGAUAAGGACUUCCCAGCAGGACACAAGAUGUUGCAGCCCCAGGAAGAUGGAGAGUAUCUACUCUGCACGUGCUCCAGUGCUGUUUGGAACUGUGUGGAAGAACCUACAGACAGUGGGUUGAUUGCUACAGGUCCUCCAGUUCUCUGCAAUGAUGGAGCUGGUGAAGUGUACAGCGACUGUCUUCCACAGGAGGAACUUACCUGUCAGACAAUGCAUUUGCGUGUUGCUACGAUGGAGGAGUGCGUGCCUGGUUGUGGGUGCCCAGAAGGUUAUGUACGUGAUGGCAAGAGAGGCUCCUGUAUCCUUCGCACUGAGUGUCCUUGUCACCACGGCGGCCGCUCCUACCAAGAUGGAGACUCCAUCACUGAGGACUGCAACACCUGUACAUGUGGAGGUGGACAGUGGGUGUGCACAGACCGCCUGUGUCCCGGGGUAUGUUCAGCUUGGGGAGACUCUCACUACAAGACCUUCGACGGACGCCUCUACGAGUUCCAGGGAGUGUGUGACUACCUUCUGGCCAAGAGCAAGAACACCGACAUAGGAACCUUUGACAUCACUGUACAGAAUGUGCCAUGUGGUACUGAUGGAGUGACGUGUACCAAGUCUAUUACUCUGCGGGUUGGCCACGGGGAUGACCAGGAGAUGAUCGAGUUCUCACGUAGUAAACCAGCACCCAGCAAGAAUAAAACGAAAACAAUCAUCCGUGAAGCUGGAGUAUUUGUGUUUGCUGAAGUGCCAGAUAUAGGAGUAGUACUUCAGUGGGAUCAUGGUACCCGUGCCUACCUAAGACUCGACCCUCGAUGGAGGGGCAAGGUGCAUGGUUUGUGUGGUAACUACAAUGGAGAUGAGCAGGAUGACUUUCAGACACCAUCAGGAGGCUCCAGUGAAGCUUCAGUUAAAAUCUUUGGAGAUUCUUGGAGGCUGCAGAAUUAUUGCCCUGAGAGUAUUUUUAUUCAGGACACCUGCAGUCUACAUCCUCAUAGGAAAGUUUGGGCAACAGAACAAUGUGCCAUUCUUAAAACAGAAAUCUUCUCACCCUGCCACUCUGAAGUGCCUGUCGAGCCCUAUGAAGAAAGGUGUUUGUUUGAUACAUGUGCAUGUGACACUGGCGGGGAUUGUCAUUGUUUAUGUACCGCUCUAGCUGCUUAUUCCCACGAGUGCAACAUGCAUGGUGUGUACAUCAAGUGGCGCACACCACUCUUAUGCCCGAUGCAGUGUGACGAGGAAUGUGAACACUAUGACGCCUGCCUUCCCACCUGUCCUCAAGAGACCUGUGAAACUCUGCUUGAUCCCAGCUCCUCCAUGUGUGUUCAGGAUGCCUGUGUUGAAGGUUGUUCUAAAGAUGGUUGUCCUCCAGGUCAAGUGUACAAGAGUCUCACGGAAUUACAGUGUGUUCCAAAGGCAGACUGUGUAAAGAAGUGUAUGGAAAUUAAUGGAACACUGUAUAUGGAAGGUGACAUCAUUUCCAAAGAUGACUGCCAGACAUGUUACUGUUCGCGUAAAAGCAAAAUUUGUCGUGGGAAGUCUUGUGCGGAAAUACAGGCUGCCACCACUACAACUGAGGCUGUUACUAUAGUACCAAACUGUAGAAAUGGUUGGUCAGUGUGGUUCAGUGAAAAUAAGCCUGUCAUCUUUAGGCAGAAUUCAGACACAGAGAGGGUGCCUGACAAAAUUACACAGAGCAAGUCAAACACAGGUUUCUGCAGCCGUAACCAAAUUGUUGACAUCACGUGUAGGAGUGUUGGGACCCACCUUCCCUACACGGCCCAGCAAGGCGUAACAUGUGAUCUGGAAGAGGGGCUUCUCUGUAAGGGCACAGUCGAUGCAACUGGUGCAGAUGCAUGUUGGGACUAUGAAGUUCAAUUUCUCUGUGACUGUAGUCGCUCAGUUGUGAGCACAUCUACCUCAGUUCCUGUCACUUCACCCUUCCCUUGGAGUUCCACCACAUCAAAACCCAUGGUCUGUGAAGAGGAAGGUUGGACUCCAUGGUACAAUGUUCACUUCCCAGAUGACCAAGGAGAAUUAGAGACUUUGCUAGAGAUCCGCAAGACUUACACAUUCUGUCCUGACCACUACAUCUCUGAAGUGGAAUGUCGACCAGUGGGAGGAGGGGAGACUGAGCCUUUUGUUAUCUGUGACAAGAAUGGUGCCAGUUGUGAAAACAAUGGUGAACACCAGCUGUGUAAAGACUAUGAAGUGCGAGUACUAUGCCAGUGUGAAUGUCAAGAUGGUUUGGGGAUGGAAGACUUAAGCAUCACUGACAAUCAGAUAACUGCUUCAUCUUUUAUGACUCCUGAUGACCAGCCAUAUAAGGCCCGCCUCAACUCUGACUGGGCUUGGACUGCAAAAGCUGGAAAAUCUGAAUGGUUACAGGUGGAUUUAGGGAAGGUGAAGCAAGUAACCGGUGUUGUGACUCAAGGACAUCCUUACCUGGAGCAGUUUGUGACAAACUUUGUUGUGCAUUUCUCUGAGACAGGAGCAAUCUGGGAUGAAGUUAUGGACAAAGAUUCCCAGUUUAUUAAGGAGUUCACUGGCAACAGUGACAGGUCUACGCCCGUGACAAACUUAUUCCCAGAGCCACUGUUUGCUCGCUUUAUCAGAAUUAUUCCUACAAAUUUCUACUCUGCCCUCUCACUUAGGCUUGAGAUUAAGGGAUGUGACAUUACAGCUGAAUUAGACUGGAUGCCUUACACAUACACCAUCAGUGUGCAUUUGAGGAAGAAAUAUAAAUUUAUUAAACUUCAGAGAGACUCAAGUGUGAGUGUUAGUUUGAGAAUGUUUGAGUUAGUGAGGGAAUAUGACAAAGAGAGUCCUGGUCGAGUACUGAGGAUAAGUGAUUGUGAAGCCUGCCAGUGUGUCAACAACUUCCUGAGAUGUAAGGACUUUUGCACCACACUUGCACCAACUCCUGAAACACCACCAUACGAAUGUUGGAGCUCAUGGAUGAGUGAAUCGACUCCCAGUUCUCUCGGUGAAUUUGAGCACUUGCCUGAAUUACAGUCCAAGUAUUCCACACUGUGCUCCAAGCCAAAGGACAUAGAAUGUCGAGUCAAAGGAAGUCAUGAGUCACCAGAGGUGCUGGGGCAGAGGAUCGUGUGUGACCCAGAGAAAGGCCUCAAAUGUCGUGUCUCAGAAAAUCCUCAGGGCUGCUUGGAUUAUGAAGUGCGCUUCUUGUGUGACUGUGAGAUCACUACACCCACAAUAGAGUGCCCCCCUGCCAUGACAUACAGGCAGUGUGCAAUGCCAUGUGAGAGAGUAUGUAUGUACUAUACAUCAGUGUUGCAAGCCAGUGGGAUUUGCCUUACUAGUGAUGCUUGUGCACCUGGAUGUGUUGAGGAAAACAGGAACUCCGCUUGUCCACCAGGUUUCUUCUUGACUAAUAAUGACAGAUGUGUUACUGCAGUGGAAUGCAGAUGUAGACUUCCUAAUGGCCAAGUUUUACAGCCUGGAGAAUGGCAGAAAAUAUCUCAAUGUGAGCAAUGUUUCUGUCAGAAUAACACUUUGCAAUGCAAAUAUUUGGAAAAUUGCACUGAAACUACAAUUGCUACUUCCACUGUUAUUCCUUAUGUUAUACAUACUACAACUUCUGCUACUACCACUACUGUUAGUAGCCGUGUUACUUCAUAUCCUGAAAUUCAAACCCCUUCAAGGUGCAAUGAAUGGUCACCAUACUUUAGAAGCUCAAAGAAAGACAGUGAAGGGGUAAUAUUAACUUUGGACAUACUUAGUAUGCGCAAAGAUUUUGAAUGCAGACUUCCUGCUAAUGCAACUUGCAGGGAGGUCCGGACAAAGACUCCUGCUGAUAAUCUCCAACAAAAUCUAGUCUGUAAUGCUGUGGAAGGUCUUAUAUGUUUAAAUAAAGAAAAUGAUGAAGAUUGUUAUAACUAUGAAAUAUCAUUCUUCUGUGAAUGUGAGGAAACUACAGUUCUUUCAUCUACCACUGUCACAUUUGGAUCCACUACUACUUUGACACCCUGUGAUGCUUGGUCCCCAUGGAUCACUGACUAUAAAUCAUGGCAGACUGAGAGUGACCGUGACUUCACAACUCUCCAGCAUCUUCAAGAACACUAUCAGUUUUGUCUUGAGGGUUACCUAACAAACAUUGAGUGUGAGAAAACUACCAGUAGUAAAACAAAAACUGAUGUGAAAGUUGUGUGCGACAUUCAUCGUGGUUUUCAGUGUCUCCGUGGAAGUUGCCUUGACUACAGAAUUAGAUAUUACUGUUCAUGUGAGCCUAGAGAAAUCACAACUAUAAUUCUUCCUUCCACUGGCACUCCACCACCUGAAUGUGAUCCAAACCAGUAUAUAAAUCUGCUUGAACAUAUUGGAGACAGCGCUUUCUCUUCCACUCCUGCACGUAACUCCACCUUCGCGCCGUCUAAUGCACGUCUCUAUAACAGUGAUGGCACUCUUACCUCUGGUAGCUGGGCACCAUUGGUUAAUGAUAAGAAGCAGUUUGUGCAAGUGGACUUGGGCUCAGUUGUUCCUGUGUAUGGUGUGCUGGUAGCUGGCAACCCUCUGACUCGAGAACGAGUCACAGCUUUCACACUUCAGCUCUCUCAUGACAACAUCAUCUGGAGUGUACUGCCAGCUGAUUUCAACAUCAAAACAGGGCCCCCAAAGGUUUUCAGAGGCCCUGUUAGUGCAUCAGAGCCUGUAAAACAAAUGUUUGAUGAGCCUGUAGAGGCACGGUACCUGAAACUUUAUCCCACUGACUGGUUCAAAGGCAUUGCAUUAAGAUUUGAGGUCAUUGGGUGUAGUCUCGUCACAACUGUUACUACACCAAUAGUUAGCGUCAAGUGUAAUGAGCCGAUGGGUCUGGAGAAUAGUGCACUGUCAGACCAUCAGAUUACUGUUUCCACAGUCUUACACAAUCAAGACUUUUUCUACGGAAAAAAGAACAUUCGUCUCAACAGCCCCUUCAUUCCAUCUGUGUCUGCUGGGGCUUGGGUAGCAGAACCCAAACCUGAGCAGUAUGUCCGGUUUGACUUCCUGAAGCCAAGUAAGUUAUCAGGGGUGGUAACACAGGGACGAGAUGGUAAGAAUGAAUGGGUUGAGUCCUUUACUAUUCGUUACUCUCCUGAUGGAAGUACCUGGAAUACUCUCAGAAAUCCUGAUGGCAGUGACAAGGUGUUUAAUGGCAAUUAUGACAGUAAUACACCACUGAAGACAAUUUUUGAUAAACUCAUUGCUGCACGCUUUCUGGAGAUUAGACCUAAGACAUGGAAGAACAAUAUUGCCAUGAGAGUUGAAGUUCUUGGCUGUUUCCACCCAUACCCCAAGGUAACCACUGUGCCAUCAAUCAUGGAGACGACUACACCUCUACCACCCAGUAAUUGUUCUGCUUGCCCGGGUCUCCCAGAGGAGUAUUAUGAAAGCUGCCUUGAGUGUUCUUAUGAAGAGUACUUUAAUGGGGAGUCUUGUGUGCCACAACAAUUGUGCCCAUGCUUCAAAAACAGUAUCAGAUAUGAACCUGGGUCAGUAUUUGAGACAACAGAGUGUGAAGAGUGUGAGUGCAUCCUUGGAGGAGAUGCUGAGUGUAUCAAGAAACAAUGUCCGAUAUGUAAAGAUGCGGAUAAACAAGCUAUAUUAACUUCCCUCUGCCAGUGUGAAUGCAGACCUUGCCCUCAAGGAAGCCAGAUUUGCCCAUCUAACAGCUACUGUUUAAACGAAUCGUCUUGGUGUAAUGGUAUUGAAGAAUGUCCAGAUGAUGAAAUUAAUUGUCCAAGUACCACUACAGAAUACCCUAGAAGGUGCCCACAACCAUACUGUCCAGAGGACUGGGUGAUGACAGAAAUACCUAGUGAAGAUGUUUGUCCUGAGAUUGUCUGUGAAAUACCAGAGCCAUGUCAUAUGCUGUCCUGUCCACCAAAUCAUUAUAGUGAGCUUCUUCCAGAGAAGUUGGAUAAUGGGUGCCCUGAUUAUAAGUGCAUCCCUCAAGAAUGCCCAUCACAGGAGUGCCCUGAAGGUUAUGAAAUCCAAGAAGACUAUGAAUAUAUCUCAGCCAAAAACAUCUGUGAUCCAUAUCAGUGUGUCCCAGUAAUACCUCCACCCUGCCCACCACCUACAUGCUCAGAAGGAUACAAGUUACUGCAAUCCAAGGAACUUUUAAAACCCUGUCCUCAGUUUACAUGUGUGGUGACUUGUCCUCCAGUGAUGUGCCCAUCAGAUCUCCAUGCCAUCCCUGUUCAAGAUUCCAGUUCAUCUCAGUCACCAGAAUGUCCACAAUUUAUCUGUGUGUCAGUUCCUCAACCACCUGAGGAGUGCCCUCCAGUGGAGAUGCCUAUCUGCAAAAUUAAUGAAGAACUCUACAGAAGCAACUAUAAUGAUACAUGUCCAGAAUUUAAGUGCAGAUCAAUCAAGCCCCCACCAGAGGAGCAUCUGAAAACCCCAGAAUGUAUAUUGGAGUGGAAUAUGAUUACUUCCUUCGAUAACUCCAAAUAUAACCUGGAGAUAUGUAACCACAUCUUGGCUCAAGACAAGGUCAACAUGGACUGGGCUGUUGAUAAUAACAUGAAGUAUCAGGUAGAUGGCCUGUGUGGCUUCUAUACAGGAAUUUCCAGUGAUGAUAAAAGCAGACCAGAUGGCACGUUGGCUUCCAGCACAGAAGACUUUGCCAACUCUUGGGCUCUAAAUAAUGGUGUGUGUGAGGAGAAACCUAAAUGUACAGCCCUGGUUACUAAUAAAGCUUUUGAACUGUGUGAUGCUCUUAGAUUUGAACCCUUCAUUGGGUGUCACAGCACUGUUAAUCCAGAAGAUGUUAUGAAGUUAUGUGUAGACACAGCAUGCAACUGUUUAAGUGUUGCUGCUGAUGAGGAGGAGUGUAGAUGCAAUGCUCUUUCACACUAUGUGUCUCAUUGCCUUAAGGAAAAUCCUGAUGCUCCAAUCUUUGACUGGCGUAUUAUUGCUAAGUGCUAUAAGGAAUGUGGUCCAGGAGAAAUUUACCAGGACUGUUUCAACUUCAAAUGUGAGACAAGCUGUGAAAAUUUGCAUAAUGAAACAGUCUGUCAAGAAACAAAGGAAUCUUGCCACUCAGGUUGCUUCUGUAUGCCUGGAUUGGUUCGUAAGGAAAAUGAUUGUGUCAAACCAGAAGUUUGCAAAGACUGUGUCUGUGAAGCCUUUGGGGAUCCACACUACAUAACCUUUGAUCAGUUUAAGUACACUUUCAAUGGUGAUUGUUCAUAUAUUGCUGUACAGGAUAAAAAUGAUGAAGAUCAUCAUAAGUUCCAGGUAAUUGUCCACAACAAGCAAUGCACCAUAGACCCAGUGACUGUUUGUACUGAUUCCUUAACUCUCCACUUCAACUCUCACACGGUUUUCAUCUCAACUGAUGGGAGAGAUGCUGUCACUGUAUCUGCUGAUGACCAUCAACUGACUAGCUUCCCCUACCAAGAAUCUUGGCUAGUAGUGCAACAACCUGACACUUCUCAGGUUAUGGUUGCCAUUCCUAGAAUACAACUGGAAGUGCAUUUCUUCCUGGAAAGCCAUGGAUUCUCAAUUCGUUUACCAUCAUAUCUCUAUUUCAAUAAGACUGAAGGAUUGUGUGGUAAUUGUAAUCACAAUAAUGAGGAUGACUUGGUAGCUAAGGAUAUAGGCCAGGUUGAGUCUGUUGAUACUUUUGGGACCAGCUGGUUACUAGAGGGUGAACCAAAUACUUGCACUGCCUUGAAGAAGGAAGAAAUACCUUGUCUCCCACUGCCUCCUGAUCAGGAUCCAUGCCUUUAUAUAAUGAAUGAAGACGUAUUUGGAAAGUGUCACCCAGUUGAGGAUCCAGCAGCCUAUGUAUCUUCAUGCCAUCUUGAUACUUGUAAUAGUCAUGAGCCCAAUAUUAGUGCAUGCCACAGUAUUUCAGCUUAUGCCAAACAUUGUGCCGAGCUUGGCAUUUGUUUAGACUGGCGUUCGGAUGAACUUUGUCCAAAGAACUGUUUUGGAGGCCAGGAGUAUUAUUCUUGUGCAUCAGGAUGUGUACGCACUUGUGAAAACUAUGAGGAACUUGACAAUAAUCCCAAGGCUUGUCCCAUAUCCUUCAUUGAUGGCUGCUUCUGUCCAGAUGGCAUGGUAUUGCAUGAGGGAAGCUGCAUGGAUUCAAGUCAUUGCAAAUUGUGUGAUGAUGAGGGUCAUCGAGUAGGUGAGAGCUGGCAGACAGAUGCUUGUACUAUGUGUGAAUGUCUUGAGCGUGGCAUCAACUGCAACACCAAGGCCUGUCCUAGAGAUCCUCACUGUGAUAAAGGAUAUAUUCUGGUUGAAGUUCCUGAAUCCGAGGACAGUUGUUGUGGACCAAGUAAGACGUGUGUAGUGGUAGGUGAACCAUCUUGUCCAACUCCAACCAGACCAAAUAAUGAGUGUGGGUAUGGGCAACACUGGAAGCUUAUUAAGGAAUUAAAUGAAUGUCUUCAAUAUGCCUGUGUGUGUUUGGAGCCUGAAGACUGCCCAAAACUUAUUACUCCUGAGGAUACAGAUCUUAAACCAGGGGAGAACUGGAUACUAGAUGACACUGGAUGCUGUCCCAGACACACUAUAAAAUGUACUGGAGAAUGUCCAGAGGUUGUGUGUCCAGAAUUUCAUGUUGUGACAGAAGAAUCAGCAAAGGAGGAAGAGUGUUGCCCCAAGACUAAGUGUGAGCCUCCAGUUGAUGCCUGCAUUUAUGAUUACCAGUAUUAUAUUGAUCCCAGUGGUUUUGAGCAACUCAUGAAUUCCUCAGAACCUUCUAAGAAACAAGUACAUAAGGUUGGUGAGAGUUGGCAAGAUGGCUUUUGUCUUAGUUGUAAGUGUUUAGAAGACAGUGAAGGAUUAUCACAACACCAGUGUAGCCAGCAGGUAUGCCCCACACUUGACGCUCAUCCCGACUAUGAUGAGUACACGUUGGAGAGUGAAUCUGUACCAAAUCAGUGCUGCUCCAAAAUAACCAGAACUGCUUGCAUUGAUGAUUCUGAUAUAAUUGAAGUUGGAGAAACUAAGACUUUUCCCUAUAAUGGAUGUUUAAGUAUGGAAUGCAUCAGAACUGCAGAAGGAAAAGUUGAAAAAAUACAAAAGAUCUCUUCAUGUAAUGAAUCGUGUUCUGUUGGCUGGGAAUAUGAACCACCUGUCAACCCUGAGCAAUGUUGUGGAAAAUGUGUUCAGAUUGCCUGUACAGUAGAUGACCAAGUGAAAGCUGUGGGUGAAACCUGGGUGUCAGAUGACCUAUGCACUAUCUAUAAUUGUUCAAUGGAUGAACAUGAUCAGAUCCAAAUUGUAGCUGUGGAAAUUCAAUGUAGUGAACCUAGUGAGGAGGAGCUUCACUUGUAUGUGUUUGAAAAAGAAAUUAUGCCUAACCAAUGUUGCUCCAUCUACACACGUGUGGCUUGCCUUUUGAAUGACACUUCCAUUCUAGUUGGGGGGAGAGUUCAAGAUCCCAAUGACAGAUGUACAACUAUCAGUUGUGUUGCAGAAGCUAAUGGUGUUAUUGUACGUCAUGAAGAGAAGACAGUAUGUAAUACAAAAUGUGGAGUAGGUUCAACAUACGUUGAGCCAUUAUCUGUCAGCAACGAUUGUUGUGGAGAGUGCUUGAAGAUAAAAUGCAGUGACAACGAAACAGAAUAUUCCAUUGGUGAACACUGGACAUAUGAAGACGAUGCCUGUUAUACAUACAGUUGUGAGGCUCGUAAUGAUGUUCCUACUAUUUUUGCUGCUAAGCAAGACUGUCCAUAUUUUGACCCGGAGUGUCCUGAUGAGGAGAUAUAUAUGGAUGAGUUGGGUUGCUGCAAAUUGUGUAGUGCACUACCAAAACGAACAUGCAAGCCUGAGGCCAUGCCUUCCCAAGAUACUGUGGGUAUCUUUGAAGUAUCUCAACCUAAUAAGGGCACAUGUACAAACCAGUAUCCUGUUAACAGUUUCAUGAUGUGUUCUGGUUACUGUGAAUCCUUCACUAAAUUUCAGGGUCAAGGAAAGCAAGCAGAGCACGUAUCUUCAUGUUACUGUUGUAAACCCUCAAGAUUUGACAAGAUAAAAGUGGAGUUGCUGUGUGACUCAGGAGACACCUACUCUGCCGUUUAUGAUAACAUUGCAGAAUGUGAGUGCCAUAUAUGCAAUGAUAACUUCCCAGAAAUUAAGGGUAUUAAACAAUAAGAAAUAGUUGUGGUAAUAUAAUGCAUUAAAUAUUUUUGUCCACCAUCUCUGCUGAUAAUUAUGUUUUACAUAUGUGUAUGAGUAGGGGUUCCCAAUCUAUGAAUGUGUUCCAUUACUGGUGUUUGAACACACAGGCUCAUUGUAAUGUGGAUCUUGUUUUACAAUAGAAAGUAAUGUACAAAUGAUGGUAUGUUUCACACAUUUAUAUUAUUAUAAUCAAGGGGACGCGCUAAACCCGGAGGAUUAUACAGCGCCUGGGGGGGGGGAUGUGGAAGGCAUUCAGGCUUAAUUCGGGGAACUGGAGCACAGAUCCAAUUCCCUAAAUCAAGAGCCCCUCACCAACGUCAAGGAACCUUCCUUAAGGGGCACACAUUUAUAGCUGUAAAUUAACAACCAAAGAAAUGUAUGUAAUAUGUUCUUUAGUGCAGAUGAUUGUAACUCAAGCUUUCAUAAGUUUGGGGUCAUCCAUCUUGGUAAUGAAGUGAUAAUAAAAAUGACUCCUUUACUAGAA